AUGUGGCUAUCUCGAACCAAAUCAAAGACCGGGAUUCAUCGAACCACCUCCGCAAAUUUCUCCUGUUCUUCCUUCAAAGAUAUCCAGACCCUCUGCGCCGACGAGCCCGUAUUAUCAUCGGAUAGCCCGACUCCGACCCAGACCAAGAAAUCCACUAAUAUCUUCCAUCGGGUCCGCCGCGCUAAUUCCGUCCUCCGCGUUUUCUCCGGGCCCGAUUCCCAGCCCAAGCCCGGACCCGGAUCCGAACCCGGACCCGACCCGAAACCGCAUUGUUUGCCGGUACAGGGGCAGAAGCAUGGCGCGGAUAAGCCGGAGCCGUCGAUCUCGCUCCCGGGAUCGGAGAAUCGGAUAGUGGUGUACCUGACGAGCCUGCGCGUGGUGCGGCGGACGUUCUUGGACUGCAAGGACGUCCAGGCGAUCCUGCGGAGCUUCCGCGUGUCGAUCGACGAGAGGGAUCUGUCGAUGGACGGGAGGUUCAUGGACGAGCUGAGGGCGAUCAUGGGGGUGCGGGAGAAGCGGAAACUGACGUUGCCGCGCGUUUUCAUCGGCGGGAGGUACAUCGGCGGGGCGGAGGAGAUCCGGCAGAUGCACGAGGCCGGCGAGCUGAAGCAGUACGUGGAAGGGCUACCGCCGGCGAAGCCCGGCACGUGCGAGGUCUGCGGGGGCCACAGGUUCCUCCUCUGCGCCGACUGCGAUGGCAGCCGGAAAUACUACAGCGAAAAAGCCGGAUUCCGGGUCUGCAAGACGUGCAAUGAGAAUGGACUCAUCAGGUGCUCUACUUGCUCCGUUGCGCCCGCGCCCCCUCCUAUUUGA